AUAAAGUAUAUGCAUACUAUAGCCUAUACUGCAGAAAUGGUAAGUGUGUAUAGAAUUGUGCUAUUAAGAGCAUAUUGAGGUUCAGCUGGUGAAAUUGCAUGUCUUUCCAUUUAAACCUGCUACUACAGGAAAUGUGUAAAAAUCCCCCUGCAGUGAUCCCUGUGAAAUGUGACACUACAUGGCGCGGGCGGAGAUUAUAAACAAACUAUUCGCCAAUGAACGACGUUAGCUACGUCUAAACCGAAUCGGCUCCAGAAACGCAUUUUGCUUAUUCGUGACGAUCAAACUCGCAGCUUUUCACUUGCCGUGCAUCUAACACGCAGGAGCCGAGGCUGCGAGCGGCUGACGCGUUCUCCCCGCUGCGCGUUUUGAAAAUCCUCCCUCCCGACUACCCGUCCGCUGCCGUGUCCCGCAGUAUCCACGGGGCUGGUCAUGGCGCUCGGACGCAGGAACUCGCUUCUCCCGUUUUUCUUCGCUUUCUUCUAAAUAGAAUCAAGCCGAACCCCUCGGACCCGGGUGUUGUUGUUGUUUUUGCUGCUUCGACUCGGCCGCUCGAGAGCGAUGCCCAGGUCCCCGCCGAGACACACGGGUCUGAACAGAUAAACUUGUGUCCAACUGGGCGGUCGAGAUUUCGGGAUCCCUUUUCCGAGGCGAAUUCCCUAGUUUGAGGAACUCGGGAAAGAAACUGUUCUGGGAGAAGAAGAAGAAGAGGAGGAGGAGGAGUGAGAAGGGGCCCUUAUUUAAGUGAAUGCUAGAGACAUGAUCAUGACUGCGGCAUGGGAGUGACGUGACAUCAGCACUGGACUUUCCCUCCAAACAUCCUUAUAUCCACACACCCACACCAUGUGCUUCUCUCUUCGGGGUGGCAAAACUGACUGAAUGAACGACUACGCUGAGAAAGAUUGUGCGAGUGUGAAAAUGGACGAGUCUGCGCUCCUGGACCUCUUAGAGUGUCCGGUGUGCUUGGAGCGGCUGGACGCUACGGCGAAGGUGCUGCCGUGUCAGCACACGUUUUGCCGACGCUGCCUGCUUGGAAUCGUGGGGUCGCGAGGAGAACUGCGCUGCCCAGAAUGCCGCACGCUUGUGGAGAGUGGCGUGGAUGAGUUGCCUAGCAACAUCCUCCUGGUACGGCUGCUGGACGGUAUCAAGCAGAGGCCGAGGAGGACGGGAAGCAUGCACGGAACAUGUGCUAAUGGAUCCGCGAUGGCAGGGAUCCGAGCGCAGGGCGCUGGAGGAGGCCAGAGGGAUCCCGGUUCCACGGGGGCGCAGUCUCAGAGGGUCCAGGCCAAGAGCACUCCAGUUAGGGGAGUCCCUCAGCUGCCUUGUGCCAAGGCUUUAUACAACUAUGAUGGCAAAGAACCCGGAGAUCUUAAGUUCAGCAAGGGUGACAUCAUCAUCUUGCGCCGGCAGGUGGAUGAAAACUGGUACCAUGGAGAGGGAGGAAUCCAUGGAUUCUUCCCCACUAACUUUGUCCAGGUCAUCAAACCUCUACCACAGCCACCCCCUCAAUGCAAGGCCCUGUAUGACUUUGAGCUGAAAGACAAGGAGGCUGACAAGGACUGCUUGCCAUUUUCAAAGGAUGAUAUUCUUACUGUGAUUCGUCGUGUGGAUGAGAACUGGGCAGAAGGCAUGCUGGGAGAUAAGAUUGGCAUCUUCCCUAUAUCGUAUGUGGAGUUUAACAGUGCAGCACGACAGCUUAUAGAACUGGACAAGCCAUCUGAAGGUGGAGGAGACUCCAGUGAAGGGCCGUCCUCCUCUUCAUUGGGACCCCAGGCUAACGGCUCCCAGAAAGCCACUGGAGAGAAGAAGAACAGUAAGAAGCGACACUCUUUCACCUCUCUGACUAUGUCCCAUAAGCCCUGCCUGGCCCCUCCACCCCAGAGACACUCCAUGGAGAUCAGCGGACCAGUUCUGAUUAGCUCCUCCAACCCCACAGCAGCGGCACGGAUCGGAGAGCUCAGCGGGGGCCUGUCCUCCAGCGCACCUUCACAGGUUCACAUUUGCACAACAGGACUCAUUGUUACUCCUCCACCAAGCAGUCCUGUCACCACAGCGACAGUUUUCACAUUUCCUCCAGAAACCAGCUAUGCCUCUAUUCCAGUGGAUUCUCUUCCUCCUCCACCUCCUCCUCCACCUCAGUCACAGUCCUCCGCUGUGGGCGCUGCCGCCUUGAAUUCUACUCAGAGACCUUCGCCCUCUGCGGGUGACCAGAGUGGCCGUCAGAGACCCACGGUGUACGUGGCAAUGUUUCCCUACACGCCUCGUAAAGAAGAUGAGUUGGAAUUGAGGAAGGGUGAGAUGUUUUUGGUGCUGGAGCGCUGUCAGGACGGCUGGUUUAAAGGAACAUCCAUGCACACCGGCAAGAUCGGAGUGUUUCCUGGUAACUACAUGAGUCCUGUCAACAGGACUGUUUCUGGCAGCAGUCAGCCAAAAGUUCCCCUGACCCUGUGCUCUCAGGCGGGACGUGGUAUCACCAUCGUCAGCCCCUCCUCUACUUCUCUUGGAGCUGCCUUGGGGAGUGUCGACCCCAGCAAACCCCUUCCCAUGUGCCCUAAUCCCACCCCGUCUUGCCCACUGCCUGCUGCUGUAGUGUCAGCAGCACAUAUACCCACUGGACAGCACCCCAAAGUGCUCAUGCACGUGACUUCACAGAUGACCGUCAACCAGGCACGCAGUGCGGUCAGGACAGCUGUGAGUCAUAGUCAGGACCGGCCUACAGCAGCAGUAACGCCCAUCCAAUCCCACAAUCCUGUGUCCUACCUUCCUAGUACAGCUGUGGUUCUUCAGGCGUCACCCGUCCUCGGCUCCAGCCCGGGAUCCUCCUCAGCCAGAGUCGGUGUGGCUAUGAGCUGUGCCGCCGCCUCCUUGACCCCUCCUAAUGUUAGCGCUGCUUCUUUAGACAGUGAUGCCAUGAGACCAGUCUCUGUUGUAGCACUUCCUGUGAACCAUGGUGGCACAAAGUCUCUUGGUUCCGCUUCGAAUCAUGGUGUUGCUUGUAGACUGGAUAAAGACUGCAAGAGAGAAAAGAAAGGCCUGCUGAAACUGCUGUCUAAUAAAAAGAAGCUCCGCCCAUCUCCCCCGUCCUCCCCUACACUGGAGGCGGAGCAGUCUGUUGCCAUGGAAAUGCCCCAGGGGGGAAUCGGGCAUGAAAUGGCUGCACCCGGCUCUUCAGUGGUUGUUGUAGGACACAACGGCCGUGCUGGUGUCUGUCCGAUGGAUUCUGAGCUCUCUGCAUCCUCCUCUUCAUCAAACACAGACGCAGCGUCACACAGAAGCAGCUCCCAGGACAACACUGCCCCAAUCGCCCCGGCCCCACGACAGCCAUGCUCCUCCCUCCUCUCCAUGCAGCAUGACGGCCGGCCAAUCGUGUGUGAGAGGUACCGUGUGGUGGUGUCCUACCCUCCCCAAAGCGAAGCAGAGCUGGAACUCAAGGAGGGAGACAUUGUAUUUGUGCACAGAAAACGAGAGGACGGCUGGUUUAAAGGAACACUUCAGAGAAACGGCCGAACCGGGUUGUUUCCUGGCAGCUUUGUUGACAGUAUCUAACACACAUGAACGUAAUAUCCAGAUAUCAAAUUCUCCAUCACUGAAAACACAGCACUGAACUUCAGCCUUAAUAGUUCAGAGUGAUGGGAGGGACUGGGCUGCUUUGGACUGUUGAGCGAACUGUGAGGGUCAUCAGUUGCAUGGAUUCGACCACAGUCUAAUGAAAAUCUCAAAACCAACUAGACCGGUCGUAGUCGUUCAGCGGUAGAUCAAAUACUUUUCCUAAAGCACAUGGAAGCAACAAAGUUUUAGCCGUUCUGACUAGGCCCCUUAUUUUUAGCACAGUAGAUGAAGUCGUGAUAGGAUUCGUUAAUUUAUGCAUCUGUAACAUUUCGAAGACUAUUAAUGUGUGCCUUGUACUGUCUCACUUUACUGUAUAUAAGCAAAGCGAAGCUGAUCUGAGUCAUGACAAGAACAAUAUGAAUUUUCUUCAACGUUUAACUUAUUUUUGUUUCGUAGGAAUGGAGUUUUUUUUUUUUUUUUUAGGGAAGCUUUGUUAUGUGAGCUGAUUGGUCAAUGCCUGUAGAACCUGAAUAAUGUCACUGAUGGUCAUUUGCUUGAAAUAAAACAAUGAAUACCAGA